AUGAAAUUGAAGGCACUGGCGUCACACUUUAUCCCCCGCUUCGCACAGUUAAGUAAAAAGAACACCGCCCAUUACGUAAGAAGCGCAAACCGACAGACGGGGCACUGUUGGGAAAGCAGGGCAUUUAUAUCGUCCAAGGUGCUCAUAUCGAGGGAGGAGGACCCUGCUUCGAUUAAGCAGAUCAGUAGCAAUGACGAAAAUGUAACUUUGGGAGGUGAUUCUACGCAAUGUGUGGUGGAGCAGUUACCCCGAGCAGAUCCACAAACGCAGCACACAAUUCAUGAGGAGACACCCCCGUUGCGACCCGAUGGAGGGACGAAGAACCUAGACGAACAGGUCCUGAAGGAGCUACACAACCUAAUAAGGUCGAUCCAAAAACUGGACAAAAGGAAGAAGCAACAAAUUGUAAACUACAUAAAUACGUUAAAUAAAAAAUAUUUGCAAAAUGUAGAAGAAGACAUAGUGACGUUUUUUGAAAACCUGGACCAGUACAUGGCAGCGAAUGGUCUCCUCAUGUGUGACCUUGGGGGGGAAGAGGUCCUGAGUCAUAUCGAGGGGGUGCAUAUAAAUCUUGGAGAGGACUCCAACAUGGGGUCAGGCACCGACGUGAACAGCCUCUUCGAUGUGAACAGCCGCUUCGAUGUGAACAACCUCUUCGAUGUGAACUACAUCAGGAAGGCGAAAAAGGAGUUAUACGGGGAGCACAUAUACCCAAUCAUCCAGGACGUAGGGGAUCGGCACAUCAUAAGGAGGAACGAACUGCCAAACGGGUUACUAAGCACGCCGCCUAAUGAAGAAGCCACCUCUACAACAACUAGGAGGGACCCCCCCGAGGAGGACAUCGUAAAUGUGCGAAGGCAAAUGCUGAUAGAGCGGUCCUCUUACCAGAAGGCCAUCGAAGAAGCGGAAGAAUUCGUUUCGAAUCUCCACGAUCUGAAGAAAAUAACGGAAAUUAGGGGGCUGUGCAAAAUAUACCUAAGCUGGGUGAACGAGUUGGAACGAAGGAUUGCAAACUACAGGCAGAAGCAACGGCGUCAAGGAGGAGCAACUGGUACCGAUGAAGGGAACACCGCCGAAACCAGUAGUGUAGCCUCGUUUAGCGAAACUGGGAGGAGGGGGCUACCCGAACUGGUGGAAGAUAAACUGUUAGCGAUCAUCACCGUGAAGUGGACCAUUCAGUAUACUUUCAAUCCACAUAAAAAAAAAUACGCCAACAGUGUUACCACGCAAUCGAAGAACUUCGAGCAGGGAUAUGCAUACCAGUCGUUGUUCACGCACAUCGCUAUAAAGAUCGGACAGGAAAUAAACAAUGAGAUGAAUUUUCAGCAACUCGAGAAGAACAACCUCCUAUACCGCUACGUCAAGAGGAACAAAGCGAAUGCAUCCUUCUCCCAUUUUCAGAAGUAUAGGAUUCUUUGCGAUAUCAGGAAGAAGCUGCAAGGUGGACACCCAAGAAAUGAAGAAGUCAUCGCAGGGGAAGCUGAUGGAGAGGCCUCUACAACAGUCACUACAGAAUGCACCCCCGAGGGUAGCCCGAAUGACGACUUCCAACUGGUCCAGUGGAACUCGCAGAAGAAAGCCGCAAUCGGUGGACUCCUCCUGAAAAUGCUCAUGGAUAGUGCAAAAAUGGAUGUCGACCUGAGCACCGCCAAGGAGGAACACCGAAAUGAGUACAGGUACUACCUCUUGUUGCAUAAAAUGGCCAAGGGGAAUGGGGAGAAGCUUCACGCGGAUUGCAAAUAUGAGAAAGAGCUGAACUACGAGAAGUACUAUGAGGAGGAGUCCAACUCGCUGGACUUUGUGGUCCUCGAGCGGGGCAAGGGAAGGGGCGCCGAGGAGGGAACAACAGAUAGGGGGAAGCGUAGGGGAAAAAAAAAGGGAAAAAAUAAUCCAAAGGAGAAGGAGAAGGAAAAACGUAACGAUGAUGGUGACGGUGGUGAUAACAUCGCUAAAAUUGGUGACACCCCCGGGGGACCCCCCGAAUGCGCGAAAACAACUUCUGCAAACGACAAAAGGAGAAGCUGA